CAAAUAUUUAAUCAAGUUAUUUUUCUAGUUUAACAAAUUAGGUAUAAUAACAAUUAAAAAAAAAAAUUACAAAUUAAAAAGUAAAAAUAAAUAAUGAGAUUAUGAAGCAUCAUAUAUGUAUGGUUUCUGAUUUUUUUUAUCCAAAUCAAGGAGGAGUUGAAAGUCACAUAUACCAACUAUCACAGCAUUUGAUUGAAAGAGGGCAUAAGGUCGUUAUUAUUACACAUUCUUAUGGAAAGAAAAAGGGAAUCCAUUAUUUUCAAAAUUUAAAGAUUUAUUAUUUACCAUUUGGAAUCUUUUACAAUAACUGUAUACUUCCGACAAUCUAUUCGACCUUUCCAACAUUGCGUAAAAUAUUUAUUAGAGAAGCAAUUACAAUUGUCCAUGGUCACUCUGCGUUUUCCACCCUUUGCCAUGAUGCUCUUUUUCAUGGUAAGACCAUGAACCUGAAAACCGUUUUUACAGAUCACUCAUUAUUUGGUUUUGCAGAUGCUUCUUCAAUUAUCACCAACAAAUUUCUAGAAUUUUCACUCAGUGAUGUUGACCAUGUUAUUUGUGUCUCCAACACAAGUAAAGAAAAUACAGUACUUCGAGCUUCUUUAUAUCCUGAUAUUGUAUCUGUUAUUCCAAAUGCUGUAGAGUCAGCUCUUUUCACACCUGAUCCUUCACAGAGACAUAAAGGCAAAGUAACUCUGGUUGUAGUGAGUCGCAUUGUUUAUCGUAAAGGUGUUGAUCUUUUAGUUGGCAUUAUACCAUUGAUCUGUGAAAAGUUUCCUGAUGUUCAAUUUCUAAUAGGUGGGGAUGGACCCAGAAAAAUUUCAAUUGAGGAAUUAAUUGAAAAGCAUCGUCUUCACAAAAGGGUAUUUUUAGUAGGCGAGCUACAGCACUAUGAAGUUCGUAAUAUAUUGGUGCAAGGAGAUAUUUUUUUAAACACAUCAUUAACAGAAGCAUUUUGCAUGUCGAUAGUGGAAGCAGCAUCAUGUGGAUUAAAAGUGGUUAGCACAAAUGUAGGUGGCAUUCCAGAAGUAUUACCACCUGAUAUGAUAUACUUAUGUGAGCCUAGCAUAAAAGGUGUGUAUGAGGCUGUUGUAAAGGCAAUCUCUGAUCAUCAGGCUGGUUUAUUUGUUUGCUCUUACGAAUAUCAUGAGAGAAUUAAAAGCAUGUAUACAUGGGAUAAUAUUACCUCAAGAACUGAAAAGGUUUACGAUUUGGCAAAUAAAAACAAAAAUCAAACCACAAUCGAGAGAAUGGAAAAAUUUCGAAAAAGAGCGUGGAUUGCUGGAAAGAUUUAUGUUUUACUUGUAUUUGUUGACAUUUUGUUGCUCUUUGUGUUAAAGUUUAUUUGGCCAGAAAAGAAAAUCAAGAUUGUUCAAACAAUGUCAAAAAAAAAGAAAAUUUAUUAGUUUUUAUUUAUAUAUUCUUGGUUUUUGAAUGAGUUUUUAUAAAAAAUUUUUUUAUUAUUAUUUAUUAAAAUUAAAAUUGAAACAAUAAAAAAUUGUGAUGUUGCUAUGAUAUCUUUUAUUGUUGUAACAACCUUUAUUAUUGCUAUCAGAUCAAUAUGGUAAUACUUUUUAGUAAGGUGUUUGUUAAAUUGCUUUAAAAAUGGAAUCUAAUAGUGUAUAUAUGAAAUGUUAUACUUAAAUAUUAUAUAACCGUAUAUGAAUAAUGUUUAUUCAUAUAUGGUUUCUAUAAAUCACUCAAACAUAUUUACAUAAAAUUUAUGUAUAUUAGUUUAUUGUAUGGUAUAUUUUUUCUUGAUUUUUUCCUAAGCUGCUUUAUUUUAUUACACCUAUGUUCAUAUGAGCCAUACUAUUUCUCCAUCAGUGUAAUAAUUUAUUCAUUAAUUGUAAAACAUACUAUUUGUCUGUGAUUCAUCUACAUAUAUACACCUAUAUACUCAGGGCCUAUUUUAGUAAUAAAAUUUGGGUGGCAGUACAAUCCCCCUCCUGUGUCAGCAAAAUUUAGGGGAAAUUGAUGUUUUAUUGCGAAAAAAACAAUAUUUGCCAUAACAAAUGUAAAAAAAAAAAAAAAAAAAAAAAAAUUCCUUAAAUUUUAAUUUGGGUAGCAGCAGAAUACAUUCGUCACUGUCGAAAACUGUCUAGAAUAGCCCCUGAUACUACAUAUAUACACUUGUACAUCAUCGUAUAUGAGCCCUUGUUUUUAUGAUCUUAAUAGGUUAAUUAUAAAUUUUUGCAAGCAUUUGAAAAAUGGUUACUCCACUUGAAAAGAAUGAAGUUGAGCAUGACUUUGUUUGGUACCCUAAACCAGCUGAAACUCAAUCUGACAAAUUUAUACGCAAA